CAAUCCGAGUGUGAGGAAACCAAUCAAGCAAGCAAGGAAGCAUCCAACCAAGCAACUAACGAACCAACCAAUCAAGCAGCCAACUGUACCUAUCAAUCACUCUCUGGUUCUUCUACCGACACACAUCGUCGUUGCCGUGGACUUGGACACGCCCGGGGAACCCCACUGUCCUCAUGUCCACACCGGAUGUCCCUCCGCGUACGCCGGCACAAGCCCGUCACGACGACGAAGCCUUUCUCGUACAGGGCUUUGCCACCAUACUGCAUUACCACAAUGACGACAUCAUUGCCAUUCGACGAAUAGAAAGGGAUGUGGAUCGCGACAAUAUCCGUACCGACUUUACGCCGUACGAAAAGAAAGUAUUACGGAUUUCCAACUACCGCAACUACCACGUUGGCCUCGCCGCCGGUGCUUUUACCAUGGCGGUCCUCAGCGGAAUCACGCUUUGGCGAACCGGCACCGUGCGAUCCGUUCCGCUGCAAAAACUCGUUACCAAUACCAAAACACAAGCCUACACACAAUUCGAUGGCGUGGCCCGACGGACACAAACACCACACCAUCAGCAACACCAUCACAAUCGCAACGUCCCACCCAAACAACCCUGGCGCUCCGAGGAAUUGGACAGCUCGGAAGCGUCGAGUCCCGAAAUUAUUACCAGUCUCCACAAUAUGGUCUUUGGAGCCAUUGCCAUUGUUGUUACCGUUGUGACAGCCAACGCUACUCUGGAUCGGAAAGCCUACGUUCGAGGACUCAGUACGGUACCCCUCCUACCCGGAUCCUCCCAGUUCUGUCAACGCGUUUGUCCAGCACUCCAAGAACACUACGAUCGUACCAUCAAAUCCAGCGUCAAAUUACCACAAGGCCACGAUGCCCAAACUUUAUGGAACGACCCCGUUACGGACGAACUCGAGAGUAUUGUGAUUAUGCUCCACAAUUGCCGACAGCGACAAGCCUUCGAAGCCGAUUUGCGGCAAUCGCAAACAUCCCCACCACCGUCGUGGCACAAACCUGUGCAUAUACCGCCGCCCGGAGUCCCGUCCAAUUAUUUGGGGAUUUCUGUUGGAGACGCCGAACAACUCACCACCGACGCCGAAGAAGGUCAAACGUAA